UUUUUCUUAUUACGAAAACAUUUCAAUAUUUUUUUUUAUAAUUUCAGGAAAUUUCUCACUAAAAUUCGCUUGCAUACUGAAACUAUACUCAGAUGUGCAAGUAGAUAUCUUUCGGCGAGCAGAGUUGAGUAAGAAGUGAAUUGAAAGUAGCAGCUGUGAAAGAAUGGACUUUUAUUAAAUAAAAAAUAUUUCGUACUUCAUAAAUUUGCAUUUCCACAAAAGGAAUAUUCAAUUCAAAAACUGCAAUUAUCAAAUAGUAAAAAUCGUGCCACGAACACAAGAGUUGAGUAUGGAUAUCACCGACAUUUCGUAUCAGCAGAUUUGCAGUGCACGCACCGUGCAAUCCGACCAAAAGGGUUUCUUCAAUGAAUUCUAUUUGGAGGUGAAAGAAGGUUGUGGUGGCAAGUGGUUGAAACACUACUUCAGUCAGUUGAAGUCAAACGAGGCGCGCAUACUAUCGAUCUUUAGUGAUCGUGAAGUUUGUGACACGGUCUUGGGUGUGCUGGAAAAUGUUGCACCCGUGUAUAAGGGUAAAGAUGGCGUCUUCUCAGUGCAAAGACGUGCACAGGCAGACAAAUUUAAUUUAUUGGGUGAUUUCAAACAGGCUCUAGCGCAUGCCAAUUUGGCUGUAAUGCGUGCACCAGCGAAGGAUGUUGAUAUUGACAUCGAUAAUGGUCUCAGCCUUGCGAUGGCUUAUCGCUCGCGUGCUACGAUUCUAAUUAAUUUGGGUGAUGGCCAGACUGCGAUAAGUGAUCUUAAGUUGGCCGCCUCAUAUGGUUUGGAGUUAAAGGACAAUGUGGACUACUACAUUAAAUUGGCGAAAGCUUAUGCUUUACUCGGCGAAACGGCACGUUCUGAAAUAUCUCUAAAGAUUGCAGAGAAACUUUCCGGAAAUAUUGCGCUAAGAGAAGCCUUCGAAAAGGAGCUAUCACUUAUAAGAUCAUAUGAAAGGAGUCAACCUGCUGUAGCACCCCCACUGGCGAGUGGAGAAAACGCCGCGUUGAAAGGUGCAUCCAACCUAGUAAAAUUGGCCGAGACAAAAGAAAAAGGACGUUUCAUUGUAGCGGAUAAUUAUAUAAAAACCGGUGAUGUUGUCUUGUGUGAGAAUCCCCUUACGGCUUGCUUAUCGCCAACAUACUUCGGUAGUCACUGUCAUCAUUGCUUCGAGAGACUAAUUACUCCAAUACCAUGUGUUAAUUGCUCUGGUAUUGCGUUCUGUUCGGCCCAAUGUAUGGGCGAAGCAUGUGACAGUUAUCAUCGUUUUGAAUGUCAGUUUAUGGACCUUUUUAUAGGUUCCGGAAUGUCGAUACUCAGCUACUUGGCGCUACGUGUGUUCACCCAAGCAAAGAGCGUCGAAAGUGCAAUCCAGGUCGCCAACGCAAUGUAUGAGAAUCUUUGUGCGCACGUUGAGAACCGACAAGCUGAAGAUUACCUACAACGUUCUCUAAUGGCUGCAUUUCUACUACGAUGUUUGCAGAAAGCAGACUACUUUGGACGUCGUAAAAGUGAAGGCGUUAAUCCAACCGCAGUCGAAUUACAGGUAGGCACUGCACUACUGGGACUACUACAAGUUUUACAAUAUAAUGCACAUGAGGUUUUCGAAACGAAAAUCACCGAAGAACACCAUUUCGAAGGUUCCAAAGUUGUGUACGUAGGCGCAGCUAUAUAUUCAACCGGUGCUUACUUCAAUCACGAGUGUUGGCCGAGUGUCGCACGUUAUUUUGUUGGGAAAAAACUAGUGCUAACUACCAUCAAACCCCAUAAACCGAACCAACUGCUAGCCGAGAAUUAUGGCCCAAUAUUCACAAAAAAUAAUUUAAAAGAGCGUCAAAGAGCAUUACGUGGACGUUACUUGUUCGACUGUAAGUGUAUGGCCUGUCAGGAGAAUUGGCCAACAAUACAUAAAAUAGAUAAGCAAGUGAGAUUUCGCUGCCCAACACCAAGUUGUAUGAACGUUUUGAAGUUUCCAAAGGAUCUAGCCAAAGAUGUACGCUGUGCACGUUGUCGGAAGAAUGUUUCGUUAAAAACGAGUGUUGCGAAAAUGAUACGAAUAGAGGAGCUCUAUCGUAAAGCUGCCGAAGAAAUGCACAAACAAAAUGUUUCCGAAGCAAUCGAGCAAUUUAAGGAAGGUAUCGAAAUGUUUUUCGAAAUUGCAGUUCUGCCUCACAAGGAUACCAUUAUAGCGCAGCAUUCGUUGAUAAAAUGCCUCGCCGAUAGAGGUACUACAUUUAUUUAGGUGGGGACACGGAGUGUGAAAUGCAGUUUCAGCUUUUUUUCACAACAAACAUUUUAGAUAAUUUUUAAAUAAAC